AGUUAUUCAAUCAUUUAAUUUUACGGCGUGUGCGCCCAACCUUAGCCUUAGACUACAACUUUGUACGCAAACUUCCUAUAUAAAUAAGGAGAUCAUAAGUAUGUAUUACGAGAGAGUCAAUACAAUACGGUCGUAAUCGUAAUACAAAGAUCAUGGGGAAACGUUUUUUCAAAUUGAUUUUUCUACUUUUCGUUUUGGGAUAUUAUGAUGUUUGUUGCGUAUCCAAAACACGCCAAACUUACGACACUAUAAUCAUUGGCCUCGGCGCAGCUGGUACCACAGCCGCCUCUACUUUGGCCAAAGCUGGUAAAACGGUUCUUGCUUUGGAAGCUCAGGACAGAAUCGGUGGAAGAGUGUGGACCGUGCCUUUUGGUGAUGGAAUUGUGGAGCUUGGUGCAGAAUGGAUCCAUGGCUCAGAAAACAGUUGGGUGUACGAAACGGCUGUACAAAACAACAUUCCUGUGUUUCCUCAAAACACAUCUUUCAAAGUAUACAAAUCCGAUGGCACUGAGGGUAAAACGAAAUUAAUUGAUGAACUUUUGAGGUAUUUAAUUGAGGUUACAGAUAAGCCAGCUGAAAAGCCGGAGCCGCUUGGAAAAUUCGUGACCGAAACAUUGAUGGAAUACCUAAAAGAGAAUUAUCCAGAAGUCCUCAACGACCACGAUUUCAUCAAUGAGUUCCUGGAUUUUACGGACUUAAUCAUCAAUAGUGACUACGGUGCCAAAAAUUGGAAUUAUAUUACUGCUCAGCCGGAUUACGAGAAUCUUGAAGGAGAUCAGUAUAUCAGCUGGCAUCGAUAUGGUUACAAGACCUUUUUCGAGAUAUUAUUGAAUACAUACAAGAAUGGAACAGGCUGGCCUACAUUAGAAAUUAAGCUAAAUAAAGAGGUUACAUUGAUAAAUUGGCCAAAAAGCACUACCGGCAAUGUGGAAGUAGUGUGCAAAGAUGGUUCCGUAUACAUAGCUAAUAAUGUUAUUGUAACAGUAUCUCUAGGAGUGCUAAAGGAAAGGUAUAAUAGUCUGUUCUUACCGUCAAUUCCUGCUAGCAAAGCAACAGUUAUAGAUAUCUUAUCAUUCGGACAUGUUGGGAAAACCAUCUUUUCAUUCCAGCGAGCCUGGUGGCCUGAUGACCCUAUAUCUGUUUUCUUUUGGUCUCCCGAAGAUAAAGAGGCAUACAAAAAUGAUUCGUGGGUAGUCAAAAUUAAAACCGUGGCAAGGUCAAUGGGAUCUAACAAUACAUUAAUCGUGUGGUCUAAUGGGGAUACGGCCAAAUUGAUUGAAACAUUACCAGAGGAUGUUGUAAAGAGCAAAAUCAUGGAAACUAUCAAAAAGUUUAUGGGAAAGAAUCUGACUGUACCAGAACCAACCGACAUGAUCAGAUCGAAAUGGAACUCCAAUCCAUACACACGGGGCGUUUACACGUAUGACAAUCUUCUAAAGCAUGAGUAUCCCAACGCACGUGCGAUAUUAGGAGAGCCUUUACUAGACGCAACUGGAAGUCCCAAAGUGCUAUUCGCCGGCGAGGCGACUGAUUUAGAUCAUUUCUCUACCGUCCACGGGGCCAGCGAGUCAGGUUUCAGAGAAGCUUCAAGAUUAUUGCACUUAAGCACAGCUACAAAAAUAGCAAACCCACGAGAUUUUUUGCUGUAUAUUAUUAUUAGAAACCUACGGAGAAACAUAGCCAAUCUCGACUGGAUUCUUCGUAAAAACCGUGAAAACUAUGAAUCAGCUUAGCUUAAAAACCUCUGGCUUGAAUAAAAUAGUACCCAGAUGUUAAUAAAAAUAAAACUCCUUGUGUGAUAA